CAGAGCCAAUUUACCAUGAAAUUUAGCCUAACCUAGUUUGUGACAGAAUUCUCAGAAACAGGAAAGUCGAGCAAAGGUAGAUGCAGCCAAGGAGCGAUUACUCAGUCGCCAUGCUGAACUACUUCCUGAAACUGGACAUAGCUGAUAUCGAGGAAAACCAAGUAAGCGUUUCUUAUAAAACCAAUCUGAGUCAUUCAGGAACUGAUAGAAAAGGAAAAGAUGCGUAACGAGAAACUACAAGGUGUUUGCGUUUUGCCACCCAAACCCUGCCAUGACGUUAUCCAUCGUGAAAGAGAAAUCAAGAGCAUACUACAGGAAAUGGAAAAGUUGAGAAAUGCUAAACAACACGAAAUAACUUUAAUCUAUCUGUCUGGGAAUCCUGGCUGUGGCAAAAGUGAACUAGCUAGACAGAUUGGUCAGAAAGUGUUUCAUGAUGUUCCCGAUAAGGAGACAGAAGUAAAAUUUGUGUUCACUCUUAAUGCAUCAUCUAUCGACACAUUGAUAGGAUCGUAUCUCAAGUUGGCAGAAAGCCUAAAGUGUGAUGAGACUUCUACAGCAAGUUUCUCUCAGGAAGACGUAGUUAUCAGUCAUCUUCAAAGUCUAGUAGCCCCAAAAUUGCGGAAGUAUUCCUCAUGGCUCCUGAUCGUGGAUAACGUCACAGACCUGAAAUCAGUCUUCAGAUACUUGCCAAAGGCAAAAGAAAAGACUGACGGCAAUGGUCAGAUACUGGUAAUUGUCACUCGAGACAGUAGAUUCAUUCAUGAUGCUUCUAGAUCUUACACUUACCAUUUAUCCCUUAGUCGCGGUAUGGAUCCUGAUGAAGCAAUAAGAGCGCUUCCAAAUAUAUCUGGCAUUGCUUCUGAUGACGAAAUGACAUUGCAAGUUGUCAAGGCUCUUGAUUUGCAACCGCUGGCAAUUGCAUGUGCUGCAACUUACAUGAAACGUGUACGCAUGACCACACCAGCGUUCUCAUGGCAAGGAUACUUGUCAAAACUUCAGGACAAGCAAGAAGUGACAGCUGAAAGGGGAUAUUCUCAAACGUUGAUGGCAGUAGUCCAGUUGGCCAUAGAAAAAGAAAUGUCAGAAGAUGCGGUAAUGUGGCAUGCUUUUAACUUCUUGUCUGCGGUUACGACUUCCGAGAGGACACCACUGGAAGAUGUCGUGCAAUAUGUAAAAAUUUGCUUGCCAAAGGAAAAUAAAGAUAUCGUGGCCGCAAUCCUUUCAUGUUCACUUAUUCUUUCUUUUGACGGCCGACCAAAAGAAAUUGGCGUACAUCAAGUUGUGCAGAGAUGUCUACUAAAAAUGUUAACACAGAACCGGAUGCCAGCUCCACUAGAAAUCCGUUGUCGUGGUCCUGAAGCUGAGAAAGUGUAUCGACAAGCUCUGAAGAGCGGCGAGGUAGAGGUUUAUCGAGGAAGAAUAAUGCUGGUUGGUCAGGACAGAGCCGGAAAAACUAGUCUCAAAAAGUCCCUUCUUGGUUUGUCAUUUGACCCUAAAGAACAAAGCACAAAUGGAGUAGUGGUAGAUCCAUCUAGCUUUAGUGUUGACGUUGAUGAUGCUACUGUAGACUGGCAGAUAUCAAAAAACGGUGACGCAAACAAAAACUAUGAAGAUGGUGUUGCUCGCGUAAUGGUUCAAUUGUUGAAUCAAAGCCCUAAAAUACAAGAACCGGACUCUUCUCAGAGCCAAUCGAGACCCCAACAGGAAAGCAAUGUCGACGUUGACCAGAGCCUCGAUAAAGCUGAUAACCUACAGGAUGCCAAUAUUGCUAGUAACCCUGUUGUUGACAGUAGUCGUGACGACGUCUCAGAGGAAAGCAAGAAAGAAAGCAAAGGAGAUGACCUUGAAACAGGAAAUGCUACAAGAAAAGAUGUUGUACCAGAAACCGUGAUAGAAAACUUAAUCCAACGUUUGUCGGCGAAAAAUCUAGGUUCUUCUGCAGGACAGGAAACUACUGUCAGUAUUUGGGAUUUCGCAGGUCAACAACUUUACUACGCUUCUCAUCCUGUGUUCUUUUCUCAUAGAGCAGUUUAUGUUUUGGUUUAUAACCUUAAAAAAGAUUUAGUAGCUGUGGCAGAACCUCGUGUAAGGCAAGGUGUGCAUGAGAUACGCUUGGACAAUCAUGACCAGCAAACUAACUUGGAAGCUCUUCAUUCAUGGCUCGUGUCAAUACAUACUGCUCGACCAGAAGCCAGCGAUGUAGGCCGCGAAAUACGGCAGAAACUCCCAUACUUACGUCCUCCUGUUUUCAUCACUGGGACUCAUGCCGACUGUCCAUUUGAAGAACCAAAGAAAAUGGAAGAAAUCAUACAAAAAAGUUUGACCGGAAAGAGCUACGAAAACCAUGUUUUAAGGCCUUUUAUUACGGUCAAUAAUUGGAAUUCGUCUAAUGAUGAAGGCGUAAAGAAGCUCAAGGAAAACGUCAAAAAACUUUUCUGCAUGGAGCCCUACAUGGGGGAAAAAAUUCCCGUACGUUGGUUUAAAUUUGAACAGGUUAUUAAGAGUUUAGUGGAAGAAGAAGGGAAGAAUCAUAUGUCGUUGAAGGACCUUGAAAGAUUAAUCCUAAAGGUUUGCGACAUAGAAGACAAGAAAGAGAUCUCAGCUCUGCUAAACUUUUACCACGACCUCGGUGUCAUCUUGAAGCAUGGAAACACAGUCGUUCUAAAGGCUGAAUGGCUUAUUGAUUUGUUUAGGAAACUCAUUACUAUCAGACCUUUCAAUGAACAGCAUCCAGUAAACUCAGGAUAUUGGAGAACCUUGGAGGAAACCGGUAUUCUUGACAUGGAACUUGUCGAACACGUCUUCAAAGAGAAACUUGAACAUGGAGAGACAAAAGAUGAUAUUCUAGCCAUGAUGGAGCACUAUGGACUCAUAGCUAUAUUUCGAGGAAACGAAGACCCAAAGAGCUUACAUUAUUUUGUGCCUGCUCAAUUGAAGUCAUCCCCUGAAGCAUUUUUUGAUGUUGGUCCUUCCAAGUCAGACCCAUGCACUUUGUAUUUACACUGUCUAGAUGGAUUUAUUCCCCAUGGUCUGUACAACUGUUUAGUGUCUAGACUGAUUACAUGGUGCUCCGAGAAAGGCUAUCCCCACAAGCCAAAGCUCUAUCAAAGUGUUUCAAGGUUUUUCAUCGGUCGUACUUAUGCAUAUGAGCUAUUUCUAAUACGCAGAAAGCGUUUUGUGAAAGUCGUGCUCAGAUCACUUCAACCAGAAAGAUCUUGGGUAUUUCAGCCCAUUCCCUUUCAAAUAUGGAAAUUUUUGGAGCGUUCUUUGAAAGAAAUAACAAAAGAAUGCCACUGGUACCAAUUCCUGAAUUAUGAAAUCUGCGUGCUCUGUCCUUCUAGACACGUUGUAAAGUGUGAAAGACACCAACUGGAGUCGUGUAUUGAUGAUGAUUGUCUUCACCUGUUGCCUCUUAAAGAGGAUCGAGAGUUGGUCUGCAGGGAAGGCAUCGGUGAGGAAUCGAAGCCAUACGUUCUUGGACUGGAAGAGUGGUAUAGAGAGCAUCUAAUAGUUCCAAUGCACAAUGAAGAAGGAUGCGCUAUUGGUGGCAUUUCAGUUAACCCAACCUUUGACUUAAGCGAUAACCAGAAGAGAUGGCUGGUGAUUGGUAUUUGCCUAAAUAAAAUACUUCUGCCAAACUUGCGAAGUUUCAUUGAACCACAGGUGCUAUGCCUCUACUCUCAACUCAAAAGCACCCACAACAUCCACGAACAGGUUUACCAUGGACACCUUCGCAAAGAUGGAAAAUGCAACAGUUUGAAUUAUGGCAGCAUCAACAGCAACGAAGCAAAUCACAGAAAGGAAGCUCGUCUUUACGACUACAGAGUUACAUCUGCUGUAGAUUUAGCCAAAUUGUACUUACAACCUUUUAUGGCUAACUUUUCAGGUUUUGAUGGCACCUGCGAUUUAUCUGCUUCUCUUGGUAUUCUAUCCUCCGCCAGCGCAUUUUCCCCAGACGUCCAAGACUUAUCAAACCAAGUGCGGAAAGACGUCAGAAAUGAAUGGGGCCACUGCAACUUUUCUGUCUGGGAUAAAACAAAAUUUACAACUUGCUUCAAGCUGAUCGAUUCUUUAGUAAAGGCUUUACGCCUGACUCCUGAAGAAGAGAAGAGAAUCGCGGAUGAGCUUCAGGAAUGGAAAUAUAAAGGUGUCCAACUUUGUAUGGGUAACAUUACAGACCAGGUCAAGUUUAUUAAGCUUAGUGAUACAGUACUUGAACGAUUGACUUGUGAAGUGAGGCAUUUGGAAAACUGUGAAGAAGAUGAAGCACGUCGAGGCAAUGCCUUGAACAGCAUAAGAAGUGAUUUCGAGAAGUAUAAGGACAACAUUAAUAAAAUCAUCGAGUCUUUGGAGCAAAGGCUGGAAUGCCAUGACAGAAAGAUAAAAGCCUUAGAAUUAGCUGUACGUCCAAAUUAUUAUUCUUGUAUUAUGUUUUAAGAUAAUGGUUACUACAGGUCUAAGGGUUAGGAUUAAGAGGAGUCGCCUUUCGUGAAGACCCUCUUGUCAAUUUUGUAAUGUUACAAAUCUCACAGUAAUUUACUUAUAUAAUAAUAUUUUUUAAUUUAUUUUAUUUUAUUGAUACUCUAAAGCGUUUCACAAAUUACAA